CGGUCUGAAUUCGCUGGGAGGCAUAGGAAGGUCCGGACACGAAUUCAGCCAUAUUCCACACUCUUGACUUGAUAGGUAGCCAGCGGCGCCGGGUUGCAAUAGCUAAAAAGGAGGAUCCACACGCAAAAAGAAGCCAUUCCUUUAUCAAUCGUGUUUAGAUAUUUGUCAUGGGAACAAAAUAGCUGGCUUUUGUGCUUUAGGUCGCAUUCCAAACCGGAGCGAAUGGAAGGUGUAUGAAUCUGAGCUUUGAUCGACGGGAAAACCAGACAUCCCAUAUUAACUGCCAAGUGGGGAUUUUUUUAGGAUUAAGGCGAAUGGGCCUCGAUUAUAAGCGAGAGGAACAUGAACACAACAUGAACAACCGGAACGCGUCGAGCUUGGAAAAAUAGAAUAUAAUUAUUUUUAGCCAGUUGUCGAUUUAGUAGGCUACUUACGCGAGCUAGCAAGCAAGUUAGCUGGCGGCUAACGUUAACGUUAGUUCGCUGGAUAUUUCGGUCAUCGAUUUCCGUGCCCCAGUAUAGGUAAAAAAUUUUUUUUUUUUGUUUGCGUGAUUGCGAAGCAGGUUAAUCACUGCGCCCCGUAACAUAUUUUUUGGGGUGUUCUUCAUUCUUGGGGAAAGGGAGUGGUAACUGGUUUAAAGAACAUGUCAGCAAAGGUGAGGCUGAAGAAGUUGGAGCAGUUGCUUCUGGACGGCCGCCAGAAGAAUGAGACGUCCUUAAGCUUGGAAACACUUCUGGAUAUUUUAAUAUGUUUGUACAACGAAUGCAGCAACUCGCCUUUAAAAAGGGAGAAACAUGUGGCAGACUUUCUGGAAUGGGUGAAGCCAUUCACCACCAGGGUGAAGGAGAUGCGGUUGCACAGGGACGACUUUGAGAUGCUGAAGGUGAUCGGAAGAGGAGCCUUUGGAGAGGUUGCCGUGGUGAAGAUGAAAAACACAGAACGCGUGUACGCCAUGAAGAUCCUGAACAAAUGGGAGAUGCUGAAGAGAGCUGAGACCGCCUGCUUCCGGGAGGAGAGGAACGUUCUAGUGAAUGGAGACUGUCAGUGGAUCACCAGACUGCACUACGCCUUCCAGGAUGACAACUACCUGUAUUUGGUGAUGGACUACUACGUUGGAGGGGAUCUGUUGACGCUGCUCAGUAAGUUCGAGGACCGGCUCCCAGAGGACAUGGCUCGGUUCUACGUGGCUGAGAUGGUCCUGGCCAUUCACUCCAUCCACCAGCAGAACUACGUUCACCGAGACAUCAAACCGGACAACGUGCUGCUGGACAUGAACGGCCACAUCCGCCUGGCGGACUUUGGCUCCUGUCUGAAGAUGAUGGAGGACGGCACGGUGCAGUCCUCGGUCGCGGUGGGAACGCCGGACUACAUCUCCCCGGAGAUCCUGCAGGCCAUGGAGGACGGGAAGGGGAAGUACGGGCCGGAGUGUGACUGGUGGUCCCUGGGGGUCUGCAUCUACGAGAUGCUGUACGGCGAGACGCCCUUCUACGCAGAGUCGCUGGUGGAAACCUACGGGAAGAUCAUGAACCACGAGGAGCGCUUCCAGUUCCCGUCCCACAUCACGGACGUGUCGGAGGUGGCGCGGGACCUGAUCCAGAAGCUGGUGUGCAGCCGGGAGCGGCGGCUGGGCCAGCACGGCAUCGGGGAGUUCCAGGCCCACCCCUUCUUCAGCGGCCUGGACUGGGACAGCAUCCGCAGCGCAGAGGCACCCUACGUGCCCGAGGUCAGCUCCCCCACCGACACCUCCAACUUCGACGUGGACGACGACAUGCUGAAGAACCCUGACCUGGGCCCUCCCGUCUCUCACACCGGCUUCUCCGGCCAGCACCUGCCCUUUGUGGGCUUUACCUACACCACGGACAGCCCCUUCUCCGACUGCGGCUGCCUGAACCCGGACGGAGGGGCGGUGCAGCUGGACGGGGAGGGGGAGGGGGAGGGGGAGGGGGAUGGCGGCCCCAAAACGCUGGCCUUCCAGAGGAGGAUUCAGAGGCUGGAGCAGGAGAAGAUGGAGCUCAACCGCAAGCUGCAAGAAUCCACACAGGCUCUCAACGGCUCGGGAAAGGGGAUGGCGACCAUUGGCCGAGACAAGGAGAUGAAGAAGCUGAAUGAGGAAAUUGAGCGUCUGAAAAAGAAACUGGCAGAUUCCGACCGGCUAGAACACCAGCUGGAGGAGGCCGUCACCUUGAGGCAGGGCUACGAGAGCUCCAACUCCAAAAUGAAAGCCCUGGACAAGCAAGUCGCUGCUCUCGCGUCUGAGAAAGACGACAUCCAAAAGCAACUGUGGGAGGCGCAGGAGCGCGUGCGGCUGCAGGCGCAGGAGCUGAAGGAGGCGCAGCAGCAGAGGAAGCGUGCCCUGCAGGAGUCGUCUGAGCAGAGCGAGCGCGCCACCGAGCUGCGCUCCCACAAGCAGCGGCUCGCCCGCCAGCUCCGCGACAAGGAGGAAGAGACCGAGGCCGCCCUGCGCAAGAUGGAGGCCAUGCGGCAGGACGGGCGCAAGAGCGAGAAGGCCCGCAAGGAGAUGGAGGCGGAGCUGGAGGACUCGCGGGUGGAGGCAUCGAAAGAGCGCAUGCUGCGGGAACACGGCGAGUCCUACUCCAAACAGCUGGAGAGCGAGCUGGAGAUGCUGAAGAUGAAGCAGGGGAGCAGGCGGGGGUCCCCCCCGGGUGUGGAGACGCCGCAGGAGCUGUCCAAGGCCAAGUCGGAGCUGGACAAGAAGGUUCUGUUCUACGAGGAGGAGCUGCACCGGCGUGAGGCCUCCCACUCCAGUGAGCUGAAGAACCUCCGCAAGGAGCUGCAGGAGGCCGAGGCCCAGCACGCCUCCGUCCAGAAGGAGCUGAGCCUCCUCAGGGACAAGCUGGAGAAGACCGAGAGGGAGAGGCAAAGUGAAAUGGACGAGGCCCUGGUCACUCUAAAGAAGAAAUACGACCGUGAACGGGACAUUCUGACCGAGGACAACCGCAGACUGACCAGCGAGACUGACAGGCUGAGCUCGUUCAACGAAAAGCUGACGUCACAGAACCAGCAGCUGGAGGAGGAGAUGCAGGACCUGGCCUCUAAGAAAGAGAGCGUGGCGCACUGGGAAGCUCAGAUCGCCGAGAUCAUCCAGUGGGUGAGUGAUGAGAAGGACGCCCGCGGCUACCUGCAGGCCCUGGCCACCAAGAUGACGGACGAGCUGGACACGCUACGCAGCUCCAACCUGGCCUCCCGCACGCUGGAUCCCUUGUGGAAGGUGCGUCGCAGUCAGAAGCUGGACAUGUCCGCCCGGCUGGAGCUGCAGUCGGCGCUGGAUGCAGAGAUCCGCGCCAAACAGCAGGUGCAGGAGGAGCUCCGUAAAGUCAAGGGGGCCAACAUCUCCUUCGAGAGUAAACUGAAAGAGGCGGAGGUCAAGAACCGUGAUAUGGCGGAUCAGCUGGAGGCUGUGAAGAAGGAGCUGGAGGACAGCCGGUCCCGGUCAAGCAAAGGUUUGAAGUUUCCCAACUUCCAGGAAUCUCUGUUUGAUUACUUUAGCACCUCUCCCUUCUCCCAGGACCUGACCAGGGUAAGGACAAGUUCCGUCAGUCAGUCCGAUAACAGGUCUACAAAGUCCGACAUCUCGUCCAGCCCAACCAGGGCUUCUGAACACGACGAGCCAGUGCGGUCCCCCUCAACUGUGGCCCCUGCGGCCACGACCCCUGCGUACCAGUCAUCGCUAAAGUCCUCCCUGAAGCCUAAAGCCCAUCAGCUGAGUAUGAAGACCUUCUCCAGCCCCACGCAGUGCAGCCACUGCUCCUCCCUGAUGGUGGGCCUCCUCCGCCAGGGCUACGGCUGCGAAGUGUGCCCAUUCAGCUGUCACGUGUCCUGUAAGGACAGCGCCCCCCAAGUGUGCCCCAUCCCCCCGGAGCAGGCCAAAAGGCACCUGGGCGUGGACAUGCAGAGGGGCAUCGGCACGGCCUACCACAGCUUUGUCAGGGUCCCAAAGCCCUCAGGGGUGAGGAAGGGCUGGCAGCGGGCCUACGCCGUGGUGUGUGACUGUAAGCUCUUCCUGUACGAUGUCGCUGAGGGCAAGGCCGCUCAACCCGGAGUGGUGGCCAGUCAGGUGAUCGACCUGAGGGAUGAGGAGUUUUCCGUGAGCUCCGUGCUGGCCUCUGACGUGAUCCAUGCCAAUCGCAAAGACAUUCCUUGUAUAUUCAGGGUGACGUCGUCGCUGCUGAGCUCCCCGCGGCUGACCAUGUCCCUCCUGGUGCUGGCGGAGAGCGAGGCGGAGAAGCGCAAGUGGGUGGGCAUCCUGGAGGGGCUGCAGUCCAUGUUCGCCAAGGACAACCAGAAGCCCUCGCCCGUGCUCACCCUGAAGGAGGCGUACGACAGCAACCUGCCCGUCAUCAAGACCACGCUGUCCGCUGCCAUCGUUGACCGGGAGCGCAUUGCCUUGGGUACGGAGGAUGGCCUUUUCGUGGUUGAAGUCAAUCGAGAUGUCAUCGUGCGGGCGGCCGACUCCAAGAAGGUGCAGCAGAUCGAGCUGGUCCCCAAGGAGAAGCUGGUGGCUCUGGUGUGCGGGCGCACCCGCCACGUGCACCUGCAGCCCUUGGCGGCGCUGGACGGCGCCGAGCCGGCCUUCGACGUCAAGCUGCCCGACACCAAGGGCUGCCAGGCGCUGGCGGUGGGGGCUCCCCGGCCCGGCUUGCCCUCCUGCCUCCUGGCCGGCGUCAAGAGGCAGGUGCAGUGCUACGAGGUGUCGAGUGCCAAGCCGCACCACCGCAAGGUGUGGGACGUGCAGGCCCCGGGCGUGGUGCAGUGGCUGGGCUUCCUGCGGGGUCGUGUGUGCGUGGGCUACCCGUCGGGCUUCGCCCUGCUCAGCCUGCAGGGGGAGUCGUCGCCUGUCAGCCUGGUCAGCCCCACCGACCCGUCGCUGGCCUUCCUGGGACAGCAGCCGCUGGACGCCCUGCACGUGCUGGAGGUGGGCGCCGGGGAGCACCUGCUCUGCUUCAGCCAGCUGGGCGUGUACGUGGACCUGCAGGGCCGCCGGUCCCGCAGCCAGGAGCUCAUGUGGCCCGCCACACCCGUCGCCUGCAGUUCCAGCUCCAACUUCUUAAGUGUCUACAGUGACUAUGGCAUCGACAUCUUCAACAUCAACACUAUGGACUGGGUACAGACCCUCUCUCUGAGAAAGAUUCGGCCUCUGAAUUUGGACGGCAGCCUGAACCUGAUGGGCUCAGAGCAGCCGCGUCUGGUGUACAGCUACAGCUCCUCAGAGGGCUCUGAAUUGGCCAUCCCUGAGACAUCUGAUAACAGUAAGAGGAUGUUUGUGAGGAAGAGCAAGAGGAAGUACUUCUUCAAAGUGCCUGAGGAAGAACGUCUUCAACAGAUGAGAGAGAUGUUGAAGGACCCCGAGCAACGGUCCAGGAUCAUCUCCAACCCCACCAACUUCAGCCACGUGGCACACAUGGGACCAGGAGACAGCAUGCACGUCCUGAUGGACCUGCCCCUGGACGAAUCCAAGGAGAGGUGUCGACCGGCCUCUGUUCUUGCACGGCAACCGAGGAGCAAGUCCUACAUGUCCCGCACUACCUCCGGAAGCCUAGAUUAUGGAGGUGCAGGGAUGUCUCGGAAUAUCUGGGAUUCAGACCUGGACUUUGAGAGAGAGCCGGACUCGGACUCCACCAAACACUCCACCCCUUCCAACAGCUCCAACCCCAGCAGCCCCCCGAGCCCCAACUCGCCCCACCGGAGUCAGCUGACCCUGGACGGCGUGGACCCCGCGACCCUGGACGGCUGAGACCCCCGCCCGCCUAGCCCGGGAGCUCCCUCUGCUGGUGGCCACCAACGAAAGACUCUGGCUCUCUCUCUUUCCGCACCCCCCCCCCCUCCCCCCUUUAAUUUUAUCAUCCCACCCUGAUAGAAGUGUAGCUACUCUGGUCACGGUGGGCCGCACCACCAAAGUCAAAUAACGAGCCGGGCGCCAACGCCACUGCCUGCCGCCAACAGCCUUUUUACGUUGCCAGAGCUUAAUUCUGCCGUGUGUUCCGGCCGCUAGUGCGCUCAACGGCCGCUUUUAAAGACGCGCUUUUAUCACUGCCAGCUAGGGGGCGGCGCUCAGGGCGCUGGGACCGAGAGCGGUCAGCGAAUCCCCCCACCGGUCCUCUCAGUCAGGAGAAACGGCCCCCUCUGCAGGCCAGCAGGUGGAAUUUCAGCUGCCGCGCAUAGAAUCAUGGGUAACGACCCAUCACAGGGUAAACCGGUUAAUUAGCUUUUUUUUUGGGGGGGGGUUUUUACUUAUGCUUAGAUCAUCAAUAAAGGGAGGCCAGUACUGAAGUGUAAUAAUUAUAAUAAUAAUUAUGAAUUGUCCUAAUUAUAGAUACGAAAAAAAAGUGAAAGAACGGCUGUGUAUAUUUUUUUAAUGUAUAGUAUUUUUAUGGAGACGAUUGCUCCAGACGGUGAGCCAAGUUAGAGAUGCGUUCGGAAAGGAGUGUGAUCUAUUCCUGGGAGCACAUUCCCUGCCUUCCCGCCCCACCGCUCUUCCCCUGCUUCACAACCCCCCCCCCCCCCCACUCUGCCACCACACUCCCAAGAACUGUGGUGUGGUAGUCAGUGGGCAGCCCCAUUGUACAUAAAGCAUAUACGCUCCACCAGUGUACAUACAGAAUAUACGCUUUACUAAGGGGCACUGUUUUUAGGACCCUUGGUUAUCGGUAAGCCUUUGCGAAUUUUAUCUUGCCUGCAGGUGACGCACUGCCUAUCACCAAAAAAAAAAGUAAAAGUAAACGGAAAGCAAAUUAAAGGAAUUUAUACAUGCCGGCAGUUUAAACCAGUUGGAAUGUCACCCGCCAUUCCUUCCUAGGUUCACGCUAGCGCCCCCAAGAGGCAGCUGCUUUUGUUUGCCACGUGACUGUACGCAGAAGGACCCCUCAGCUGGACUCGACUUGCAACCUUUCACACAUUCCCCCGUGUAGCACUCGCCAGGGCCAUUAGUCCACCGGGCCACAAGGUGGUGCUGUUCUGAACUGUUUUUCGCUUCUUGAAUUAUGAAUUAGUCAGCGUUGUGCACACAUUUAUGUAUGGACAUGUGUAAUUAAAGGGGCGUGAAUUACAUUACCUAGUUACUCACACACGUGCCUUCUGUGCCAGUGGAUAACAGCUCUGUGUUUCAGUAACCUUACAGACUAGUACACGCGUUGUACAAAAUGCUGGUCAUUGUGGGAAGUUUCCGGAAAACGUAUCAAACUUUAAUGUUUUAUUUUGGGAGAGCCCUUGGUUUUGUUUCACAGGAACACUUUGUUUUUACCCCUCCCGUCCUCCCCCUACCGCUUCUACAACGGGACUAUUCAUUAAGAUGGAUCUGCUUUUCUGUUUUUUUUAAAUCAUGUUUAAAUCUUUGUAAUUAUGGAAUUGUGAGCAAAAUUUGGAAGGACAAUAAAACGGAGGGGCAUACCUGUCA